GAACACACAUUGUAUGAAAGCAAAGACCCAUGACUCUCAACUUAUAUAGCUACCAAAAAACACACACACAUGAGAUACAUGACAUAUAUGAUAUAUCUACAGGUGUGUAUAUAUAAAGAGAGAGACAGAGAGAGAAACACCAACUAUCGCAAAUUGCAAGACCCAUAAAAAUUUUCUUACAAAGUUUCAAACUUUGAUCAUCAAAUAGCACAGAACCAAUAAAAAAAACAAAGAAGCACCAUUGCUACUACUAUUUCUAGCUUGAUUUCUAUUAUCAAGUUGGUUGUGUUUGAACCCUUUGAGAUGGUGCUAGGUUGGAGUAGAAGGAGGAAGAACAACAAUCACAAGGCUAAUGGAAAACCAAGCAUGGAGCUAGUGAUUCCAAACCAUUUCAGGUGCCCAAUUUCCUUAGACCUAAUGAAAGAUCCUGUGACAUUAUCAACCGGCAUAACAUACGACAGAGAAAGCGUUGAAAGAUGGUUUGAUGAUGGGAAUUUCAAGUGCCCUGUCACAAACCAGAUUGUGAAGAACUUUGACAUGAUCCCAAACCAUUCUCUGAGGAUGAUGAUCCAAGAUUGGUGUGUGGAGAAUAGGCAGCAUGGUGUUGAGAGGAUCCCAACACCAAAGAUCCCAAUUAGCCCAACCGAUGUCUCUGAUCUUCUUCUGCAACUUAAGGAAUCUUCACUGCGCUUGGAACAGUUUACUUGCCUUGAAUUGAUUCAGAAGAUGGAGAGAUGGGGUGCUGAGAGUGAAAGAAAUAAGAGGAUUAUAGUUGAUAACGGAGCACCAGCUGCAUUGGCCUCAUCAUUUGAUUCAUUUGCAGGUGAUUCGGUUGAGAGAAAUGUGGGUGUUCUUGAUGAGAUCCUUUCAGCACUGAAAUGGAUGUUCCCACUUCAAUUGGAGGCUCAGAAAUCAUUGGGGUCCAUUGCAUCAUUGAGCUGUAUGGUUUGGUUCUUGAAGCACCAAGACCUCCCUGGAAAAGAAAAAUCCAUUGUUGCAUUGAAGGAGCUUCUCUCCUUUGGUGACAGUAAUAAUGUUGAGGCACUUUCAAAGAUUGAAGGAGUCAACGAACUCUUGGUGGAAUUGGUCAACAAGAGAAUUAGUCCAACAAUAACAAAGAACUCACUGAGGGUGAUCUGGUACAUGGUUUCAUCAUCAAAAUCUGAAUGUGGUGAGAAGAUGAAGAUUUCAUUUGUGGAGUUGGGAUUUGUGAAUACCCUUUUGGGAGUCCUAAUUGAUUCAGAAAAGAGCAUUUGUGAGAAGGCUUUGGCAAUCUUUGAUUGUCUUUGUAGCAGUGAGAAAGGGAGAGAAAGUGCUCUUGGGAAUGAUCUAACUGUUCCUGUUUUGGUGAAGAAGGUUCUGAGGAUUUCUUCACUCAGCACUGAUUACUCUGUGUCUGCAAUAUGGAAGAUGUGCAAAUUUGGAGAAAGAGGUGAUGAAGAAGGGAAGGUUCUUGUUGAGGCUCUUCAAGUUGGUGCAUUCCAGAAGCUUCUCUUGGUUUUGCAGGUUGGUUGUGGUGAUUCCACAAAGGAAAAAGCCACUGAGCUUCUCAAGUUGAUGAAUCCUUAUAGGGCUGAAUUGGAAUGCAUUGACUCUGAUUUCAAGAAUCUUAAGAGAUCCUUCUAACACUUUUCAUACACAACAAUACAUAGAAAAUUAGACAAAUUUUAUCUCAAAGAUAUCAUUUGUUUCUGUCUAUGUUUGUCACAUUUUUUUUAAAACAAAAAUAAUUUACCAAACAUUAAGUAUCUCUGAAACACCUCUUUGAACCAAAAGUUUGCUUUAGGAUUGCCAUUGAUUUUAUGGAUUAAAUGCAUGGAUCUGUGCAGUUUGUAUCAUAGGAUUCAAAGGAUUAUAGAUAGGGAACAUAGAGAAAGAUUAUUCUUUUUGUAUAUUGUAAUAAUUAUGCUAAAAUAUUAUAUUCGUCUCCAA